AAGAACACCCAUUCCACUAUCCACACACCCGCGAUCCACACACCACACUACCCCCCGUUAUCGUCACACGCUACCAUUAUCUCCGCCCUCCGAUCCCUCGGGGCUGUGUAACUUUUUUUGGUCUGACUGCUCGCCGUUCUGGGCUGCUUUCCACGUCGACGAACAAAGACCUCAAUAAUUAUUUCACUCAACAUGACCGUCAUUAAGGAACCGAUCGUUACCCGUCCCGCGAGCCAACACCGGCAUUCGUCCAGCAUGGCUGGAUCUCUCCCCAAGUCGCGCACGCAUUCCCAAUCCCUCUCCAUAGGUUCCAUGCACCAGGCACACAGGGUCACGAGGAGGAAGAGCAUGUCGUCCACUGCCGCGAAUAACAUCGCCGCAAUGGCCGCUGCGGCCAAGGGCAUCUCUGGCGCACCCCUCGACCCGGUCGCUGCCUCCUCGCGACGCUCCUCGAAACCUGCAUCGCACUUCCGUGGUCCUGCUCUGGGAGGUUUAUCUCCCAUGGCAAGCAGUGUUCCUAAUAAUGGUUCGGGGUUCAGCCCCGGUAGCUACAGUGCGGCCGCCAAGGCCGAAGCUGCGGUUACCGAUGGUCCUCCGCUGGCCACGAUGCCAGACAACGAGAAGGGCAACUCCAAGUCGAGAAUACGGCGCGCAAGUGAAGGCUCUCGUCUCUCAAAGGGAGAGGGCAAGCGCACCACCAGCAACGACCUGAGAUGUGAAAAAUGUGGGAAAGGGUACAAACACAGCAGUUGUCUGACCAAGCACCUUUGGGAGCACACCCCGGAAUGGCAGUACACAUCCAAACUGCUCAUCUCCAAGCACCAGCAGGUGCAGCUCCUCGAGGCCGCCUCCGUCCUCGUUGCCAUGAAUGCCGAUCCUGAGGUCGGUCGCGACAGCGACCAUUCGUCUGUGUCGCCGCCCGCCUCUGGCACAUCUGACAUGCGCGACGAUUUGAGUUCCACCGACACUACCCCGCCCCCGCAAAUUGACGAUCAUGCUGUGGGUUCCUUGCCGCACUCGCAUUUCGGUAACCGUUCAACCAAGCGCUACUCGACAAACAGCAGCUCUGCAUACAGCCAGUCCUACCAGUCUGCUAUCUUUUCCGAUGGCGUUGGCGGUCACUUCCGCCAGUGGAGCAACGUGUCUGACCGUCCUACAACCUCUGGUACCUCCGUCGCAGGCUCCUAUCAUGAGGAUGAGAAUGACCAGGCCGACCUCGCUGCCGCUGUUGGCUUGUUGAGCUGCUCGUACGGCACCCCCAAGUCAGGCCCCAUGUCUCUGCCCCCUGAUGUCCCUCCCGUCCCACCACUUCCAGCGAAGUUCUUGAGCUACAAUAACCAUGACUCCAUGACGGGUAGCACGACCAUCACCGCACAACAAUCCAGCAUCCGCGGAAACUAUGGCUACGGCCGCCAUGAGAGCAAAGAUGUCGACAUGGACGACGACAGCUCCGCCGAUGAUGACGAUUAUCGUCGUGCCAAUUCUCGCAGCCGCGGGCGCGUUGACGAUGAAGACGAUGGCGUCUUCGGCCGGAUGGAAGAGUAGAGCGGCAAUUUCGCCCUCGCCUAACCCACCCACGAUUGUCACGAAUAUUUCCUGCGCAAACUUUCUCCU